AUGGCGCCCCGGCCAAUUUCCCGAGUUGCCGGUGAUUCGAAGUCUGUGGAAUUGGCAGCAUAUAUAUUAUUGGCUUACAGUUACAAGAACAUAAUUGAAGAAAGCAUUCCGUUUUAUAACUUUCUUGUCCGUCAGCGAAACAGCCAUGGAGGUUUCCGUUCUACUCAGGACACUGUGAUGGGUCUUGCAGCUCUGACUCAAUAUGCCCUGCUUUUCAGCCAGAAGAAGGAUUCAGCUGUGGAUGUGAAGAUUAAGACGAACGGGGGAACCGAAUAUUCUUUUCCUACCAUCACUCACGCAAACUCAAUCAUGCUUUAUAAUAAAGACCUUCCUUCAAGUACAAAGAGUGUGGAAAUUGGAGUAACUGGAAAUGGUUUCGUUCUUGUUCAGGUGAACUGGCAGUAUAAUUUGAUCCCUGACGAUAAAGCGGCUGUUAUGGCUAUCAAAUUGAAAAGGAAGAAAUCCGUCCCAGAAACUGCUAAAUACGAUGCCUGUGUUAAGUACACAGGAAAAGAUGAUACUGGAAUGGUAUUAGUUUCAAUAAACACUCUGUCUGGAUUUACUGCAAAUUUAGUGGAUCAAUCAAGCAACCCGUUAAUAAAGAGGUCAGAAGUGGACGACAACAAACUUGUUGUCUAUCUGGAUUCUUUACCAAGCAACAAAGAAACUUGCAUCCCCGUGCAGAUGGACCUUGAAAAUAAUGUGGAGAAAAUAAAGCCCCAGGUUGCUGAAGUUGUCAUGUAUUAUCAACCAGACCAAAGAGCCGACACAACUUACUCAAUAUCAGAUCCCAUCACUGCAGGUUGUAACAUGUUGCAGUCUGUUUGUCUGGUGAUCACGCUUCUUUCGACAGCCCUCUUUAAUCUACUGAUCUAAGAUGAG